AUGCUGCUGGCCGCAUGCGGAAGUGAGCCCGAGCCGACCGUGGCUCCGACACAAGCUCCGGCGCCGGAAGCGGGACCCACGCCCAACAUCCAGGCCACCAUAGACGCAGCGGUGGCAUCGGCCAUCAGCAGCCAGGCAGGCCAGCAGCCGGAAGCCCCUGCUGAAGAGGCUACCGAGGAACCUGCGGAGGAGCCCACAGAGGAACCCACCGAAGAGCCGAUGGAAGAGCCUACCGCAGAACCGGAGCCUACUGCCACGCCCGAGCCGCAGCCGACACCCACACAGCGACCGACGCCCACCGCGGCGCCAACGGCUGUUCCGGAGCCGACCGCUAUGCCGGAACCGGAGGCCACGCCAACACCGGCGCCGCUGCCGACGGCCGUGCCGACGCCGGUACCGGCAGCUACGGCCACUCCGAGGCCCACGCCGAUGCCGCCUACUCCGGUGCCUACACCGGCGCCCGUUACCAUUACGAAAAUUGACAGCAACGGGGCCCAUAACUGCGUCCUGUUUUCGGAUGGGUCGGUGGACUGCUGGGGCAGCGACAUCAACCAGCAGUUGAGCGUGCCGGUGGGUGUCACUUUCCUGGAUAUCAGCGCCGGAAGCUCGUUCACCUGCGGCAUCCAGGGUGAUGCGGGCAGGGAAAACCGGGCGUUCUGCUGGGGCAAGGACCUGUUGGGUACGCUGCAGGUUGACCGGAGCCUGAGCUUGAAGUCCAUCAGCGCCGGGGGGCAGCACGUCUGCGGGAUUCAGUUGGACGACACUGCCGUGUGCUGGGGCAACAAUAAUCACGGUCAAAUCGAAGCGCCCAAGGUGCAGACAUUUGCUGAGGUAACCAGCGGCGGCGACUUCAGCUGCGGACUGAGGAACGACGGCACGGUCCAUUGCUGGGGCGCCAAUAACAACGGUCAACGCAACGUGCCAGAAGGGGAACAGUUCGUCAAGAUUGAUGCCGGAGACAAGCACGUCUGCGGUUUGCAGACCCUGGGAACCGUUGUCUGUUGGGGUAACAUCUUGUCGGAGCCGCCCGUGGAAGAGGGGUUUGUGGAUAUCGGAUCGGGAAUGCAAUUCGCCUGCGGCGUAAUGGCGGACAGCACCGUCGCCUGCUGGGGUCGGGAUGCUGAGCGCGAUCUGGAGCCGCCCGACCGGAGUGGGUUUGUGAUCAUCAGCGGCGGUGAUCAGCAUACCUGCGCGGUACGGACCGAUGGGGUGGUAGUCUGCUGGGGAGGGUCGAGAUACCUGGGGGCGACCAACCCGCCGGAGUAUCUGGAGAAGCCACGGUACUAA